AUGUCCAGCAAGGUAGCCAUCGGCAGCGACAUCGGGCAGGCCCGCCGGGCCGUGGAGCAGCUGAGGAUGGAGGCCGGCAUUGACCGAAUAAAGGUGUCCAAGGCAGCCUCUGACCUGCUGCAGUUCUGCAUGGAGCAGGCCAAGAGCGACCCGUUCCUGGUGGGCAUCCCGGCUGCCACCAACCCCUUCAAGGAGAAGAAGCCUUGUGCCAUCCUAUGA